AUGCCGCAGGGGAGACUAGGACAGGAAAUCUUCCCGUUCCAUACCACAGGUCCACCACAGAGGCAGGAGAGGCUCUCGCUGCGGGUGGCCAAGGGGGUGCUCCCGGAGGAGGAGGUAGCGCUGGAGCUGGAUGCUCUGGACGGAAGGUCCCAGAGUUAUCAGGACCUACAUCUUUCCUGGAGCGAGCUCUGCUCUGUGUUCAGCUCCAACAAGAGCCUGGUCUUCCUGGACAUCAGCCACAGCUUCCUGAGCAGCCAGUUUGUGAGGACGCUCUGUGACCAGCUGGCCUCUGCAAACUGCUGUCUCCAGAAAGUGAUCCUCAAAAACAUUUCCCCGGCUGGUGCUUAUCAGAACCUCUGCCUCGCUUUCGGAGGACACAAGACCCUGACACAUCUGACCCUUGAAGGCAGUGAGCUGGACGAUGUGCUUUCCUCCUUGCGUCAGGUUUUGAGUCACUGGAGAUGCAAGCUGCAAUGUCUCAGGCUGGGGCCCUGCUCUGCCCCUGUACCGGAGUGGGCGGACCUCUUCCUGACCCUCCAGUUCAAUCACUCCCUGACGUGCCUGGACCUCUCCGACAGCGAGCUCCUGGACGAGGGGGCCAAGCUGCUGUGCGCAGGGCUGAGAUACCCCACGUGCCCCGUGCAGAGGCUGUCGUUGGAGAACUGUCAACUCACGGAAGCCUGUUGCAAGGAAGUGUCUGUCACUCUGGUCGUCAGCCAGAGGCUGACACACCUGUGCCUGGCCAAGAACGACCUCGGGGAUGACGGGGUGAAGACCCUGUGUGAGGGCUUGCGCUACCCCUCCUGCCAGCUGCAGGCACUGGUGCUGUGGUGCUGCAGCAUAGCCAGCGAGGGCUGUGGCCACCUCUCCACGGUCCUCCGCCAAGGGUCCAGCCUGACGCAGCUGGACCUGGGGCUGAACCACGUUGGGGUCCCCGGCCUGAAGGCGCUCUGUGAGGCUCUGAAGGCACCGCAGUGCGGCCUGCAGCGUCUGUGGCUGUGGGGCUGCUCCCUCACUCCCUUCAGCUGCCAGGACCUCUCCUACGCCCUCAGCUGCAACCGCAGCCUCGUCACCCUGGACCUGGGCCAGAACUCCCUGGGCUUCCAUGGAGUCAAGAUGCUGUGUGACGCCUUGAGACUUCAGAACUGCCCCCUGCAGACGCUCAGGUUGAAAAUAGAGGAAUCCGACACAGACAUCCAGAAUCUCCUGAGAGAGAUCAAAGAGAGCAACCCGCGGCUGGCCAUCGACGGCAGCCGCCGCGACCCCCAGAGACACAGACCCUCUGCUGAUGACUUCCUUUUCUGA